ACAAUGUAUUAUUUGCGAUGCAGAUAUUCUGUCUACAUCUAAAUCUGAAAAUUUAGAAGAUCAUUUGAGUUCGCAUUCUGAAGAACAACGGAAGAAUCAUAUCCUUCAAAAUUGGAAACGGAAAUAUUGGACACAACGAAAUGAUUUUGAGGUGGAGUGUAAUAUUUGUCACGCUAAGUUAACUCUUUCUAUUCAGAAAAAUAUGGAUUUUCAUAUAAGAAAGACACAUUCGGACAAAUUGAAAAUUAUGCAAGAAACACAUGACCCACUUGAUUCGUCAGAACGAGUUUCAUCACUUGAAACGAACAUAACUUUUAUGCCACUAGAUAUUGUAACUAAAAAAAAUAUAUGGGAAUAUUAUAUAAAGCUGACGAAUUUUGAAGUACAGUGUAAGUUUUGUGAAAAUAAAUAUAAAUAUAUAGAUAGUGCAAGCUUUAAAAUUCACAUAAAAAGACACCACAAAAAAAUUUUGGAAUACGAAGAAGAGAAAAAACUAAUAAAAGGGCCAUGGAUGUAUUUCAAGUAUUUAAACCAAUUAUUUUCACAAUGUAUUAUUUGUAACGCAAAAUUUCUGUCUACAUCUAAAUCUGAAGAUUUAGAAGAUCAUUUGAGUUCGCAUUCUGAAGAACAACGGAAGAAUCAUAUCCUUCAAAAUUGGAAACGGAAAUAUUGGACACAACGAAAUGAUUUUGUGGUGGAAUGUAAUAUUUGUCAUGCCAAAUUAAAACUUUAUUGUCACCGGCAUUUGGAUUUUCAUAUAAGAAGGAUACAUUUGGACAAAUUGAAAAAUUUGCAAGAAACACAUGACUUAAUUGAUUCUUCAGAAUGUGUUUCAUCACUUGAAACGAAUAUAACUUUUAUGCCACUAAAUAAUGCAACUAAAGAAAAUAUAUGGGAAUAUUAUAUAAAGCUGGCAGAUUUUGAAGCACAGUGUAAGUUUUGUGAAAAUAAAUAUAAUUAUAUAGAUAAUGGAAACUUUAUACGUCAUAUAGCAAAACUCCAUGAAGAAAUUUGGAAAUACGAAGAAGGGGGAAAACUAAGAAAACGGCCAUGGAUGUAUUUCAAGUAUUCAAACCAAUUAUUUUCACAAUGUAUUAUGUGUGAUUCAAAAGUUCUAUCUACAUCUAAAUUUGUAGGAGAUCACUUGAAUUUGCAUUCUAAAGAACAACAGAACAAUCACAUAUUUCGAAGUUGGACAGAGAAAUAUUGGAUACAAAGAAAUGAUUUUGUGGUGGAAUGUAAUAUUUGUCACGACAACUUACCUCUUUCUAUUCAGGAAUGUUUGGAUUCUCAUAUAAAAGAGACGCAUUCGGACAAAUUAAAAAAUAUGCAAGAAACACUUGACCCAGUUGGUUCAUUAGAUCGCAUUUCAUCACAUGAAACGGAUACAACGUUUAUAUCACUAAAAGAUUGUCAUGUAUUGUUAAGGAGAUGUCCACCUUAUAAUCUUUACAUAUAAAAAAGUUGACUAUAUA